UGUAUGGAAAAAGGAAUUGGAUCGCGAGCGUGAGGAACAGAGGCUUGAAGAGAAUAAAAAAAGAAUUUAUGGGGAAUAUCGUAAACGUCGAGCUGUCGAAUCUAUAAAAGAACAGUAUGAUAAAAAUGGUUAUUUCGAUUUGGACGCGGAUGAACUAAAUAAAUUUAUCAAGCUAUUAUCAGAAGAGGAUGAAGCAAUUAGUCCAAAACUUACAAAUUUGAGUCCAGGAGAAGGCGAUAAAAAUAUUCGUCUUUUGCCUCCUGCAAAUCAAAAAUCUCUUUACUUAAAAGUUAUUGAUAAAUUUAUUCAGAAAACUUUUAUUCAAUUAGAACCUACAGAGCAAUUGGUUAAACAUGGCUAUUUCGAUAUGCAAAAGCAAACCUCUUUUAAUUUUAUGAAAUACUUAGGCAAAGAAGGAAUUCGGUUGCCUCCUAUAAGCCCUGCCCCUCUUGCAGUAGAUGGUAUAGAAAGAGUUCGGUUUCGUCCGUAUACCGCUCAUAGGGAUCGAAUCAAACAGGCUAUUAAAGAAUUUUUGAAUCCACAAAGUGUUGGUCAAACUGAAAAGAAAGUUGCACCUGUCAAUAGUCAAGAAUUAGCCCUUGAAUCAACUCCACAAACAGAAUUGCGUGCUGCUAUUAUUGAAAAAUCGGAUGUUAAUUUCUCGCAAGAGUCUAUCACUCAACAAUUGGAAAAGGAAGGGCGCAAAACUUCCAAAUGUAUCAUCGUUUUCGGGAAGUUCUGUUGA